AUGUCAGUCCAUUCGGGGCAAUCGCACAAGCACUCCUCACACUCGUCCACGGGUGCAUCCCCAUUGGUAUCCUGUGGGCAAGUCGCGGGGCUGGUGAACCUCAUCACAGCGAUUCUCGCCAAGGAAACGGAACCAAGCUUAGAGACCGCCGCGCCAUGGAUAAUCGCUUUGGUUCUUUUGGCGACCAUCAGAAACGUAGUAGGAACCUGUGAUGGCUACUUACGAUGGAAGAUACAGAACCACAUUAAAGUUCAUCAACAGCACGCCUUACUCGAAGCCACGACGCAUAUCGACUUCGCCGUCUUCGAUCAGCCAAAGACCUACGAUUUGAUACAACGGGCGCGACAGGCUUUGGACCAUCGACUCACCAAUUUCCUCAGAUUUCUAACGGAGAUUGGGCAACUCUGCGUAACGCUCGUGGGGUACGGUGUUCUCCUCUGGAUCGCGGAUCCGCUCCUCGUGCUUGUGGUCGUGUUACCCGCAAUCCCUUCCGCUUGGCUCAAAGUUAAGGCAGCCAAGCGUGGGUAUCUCUACGAUUACUAUGCAACACCCGUACGUCGUAUGAUGGAUUACAUGCUCGGUCUACUCCUCGGUUCAUCAUCUGGACAGGAAGUCCGACUCUAUGGACUUUUCGAUCGCUUUUUUGGACGCUGGCGAACGAACCAUCAAAAAUGGCGGAAAGAAUCGCUUGCAAAGAUUUGGACGGAAAUAAGGGCUUCCAUCGGCACAACUAUCGCUGAAAUUGUUGCUUAUGCAAUAGCAAUCGGCAUACUUGCGGCGCGCAUUGUGGACGGCGAUCUUACGCUCGGAGAUUACGUCGUGCUUACUGGAGCAGCGGCGACCUUCCAAGGAAAUAUGGAAGGGUUGCUUUCACAAAUACAAAACAUUCUUGAAGACUUACCUCUGCUUCGGGACUUGCAUCUCUUCUUAGAACGCGCAGAAAAAACCCGCACACAGGCAGGAACCGAGACAUUUCCGAAGCCCUUACAGCAAGGAAUGGAGGUUCGUAAUCUACGCUUCCGGUACCCGGAGGCAACUGAUGAUGUACUACAGGACAUAAACUUCCACGUGCGUCCCGGGGAAAUAGUAAGCAUCGUAGGCGUUAACGGCGCGGGGAAAUCAACACUCAUCAAAUUGUUGCUUGGUCUCUACCAACCCAAUGACGGAACAAUCCGCUAUGAUGGCGUAGAUGCCGCGUCAAUUGCACCGGAACAGAUAGCCCUUAACUGCGCCGCUGUUUUCCAAGAUUUUACGCGGUUCCGUAGACCCGUGAGGGAAGAACUCGUGCCGGGACCGCCGGGUCUCCACAUUGACGAUGAUACCCUUUGGAGCGUUAUCAACGCCGUUGGUAUCGGUGAUCGUUUUCAAACCCUUCCACACGGUUUAGAUACAUAUCUGGACCCUUCACUCGGCGAAGAUGGGGAAGGUGCCGAGUUAUCUGGUGGAGAAUGGCAAAAAGUCGCGCUUGCGCGGGCUUUGGCACGAAACCCCCAAGUCCUUGUCCUUGAUGAACCGACGUGCUGCCUUAGAUCCACAAGCUGA